UCUCUCUCUCUCUCUCUCUCUCUCUCUCUCUCCUGCAUUGAUGCUGAACAACUCCAUUUCACAGCUCACACAAAGAAUCUUAGCCUCACUGCCCCCACAAAUUUGAUUCUCCAAACCAUUAUCACUUAUCAUUCCCACACUGCACUUUCUAAAGAUGAAAGGAAUCCAUAUAUUCUGUGCAUCACAAGCUGCAACUGCAAUAUGCCUCACUAUGGAUCAACCUUCUUCUUCUUCUUCCACUCUUCCCCUCGGCUCCAGCCCCAUCAUUGACCGCUACAAUCCCAUCAUCACAGACUCAACAAGAAUUGCCAGAUUAGUUCCUCCUUGCACUCUUAAUUCUCACCCCAAGCCUCACAAACUUCAUCACAAGAAGAAGAACAAAAGAAUCUCGUUAAAGGAAAAGCAUGAAGAUCAAGCCAACAACAGUGGUACUGCUAAUACCUCCUCUUUUGAUCAGAAGCUUAAGAACAGUAAUGGGAUCACCACAACUAGGAAGAGCUGGAGCUGCAACAAGCCUGGUGAUUUCAUCAGCCCUCCUGGUUCUACAAGGUAUUUGCUGAGGGAGAAGGUUUUAUUGAAUGCUUUUUCGGAUUCUGAUCCUGCUGGGAAGCUGUUUCUUGAGGAUACUUCCAAGUCUAAGGACGCCAUAACAGAGGAAAUAUGCAAUGUGAAACCGCCGGCUUCGUCGUCUCCUUCUCAUCCACACCAGGUGGUUGUUCUAAGAGUUUCAUUGCAUUGCAGAGGAUGUGAAAGGAAAAUGAGGAAACAUCUUUCCAGGAUGGAAGGAGUAACAUCCUUCAACAUAGAUUUCGCAGCGAAGAAGGUGACAGUGACCGGAAACGUUACGCCGUUAGGUGUUCUUUCCAGCAUAUCUAAGGUGAAAAAUGCGCAGUUAUGGUCUCCAGCAAUGUCAUCUCAAAUCCCACCAUCACUCAAGAAUGAGUACAGAGGAGCUGGCAUUUAAAGGGUGGUUUGUUUUUUGUGUGCCCGAAUGGCGUAUGGGAAUUAGCUGCUGUAGAAUAAUUUACUCUAAUUCGACUCAGUUUUUUCUUGUGUUGGUGAUGGAAAAAACAAUUGCAACCUUUGAUUUCCGAGUAUUUCAUCCUGAUUUGGUUUCAACUUGGAAGCUGAUGAAUUUUGGUUGAGUCUUUGUAGUUAUAAGAUUUUGUAUUGCCCUUAUUUUGAGUUGAGGCACCACUCUUAUUCUCUUCUUUAGUAAGUAGGGGCAGGUGGAGUAAAAGUCCGAUCAUGCUCAUAGCUGGUAAAAACAAUUUCUUUUUUCAUGGA